AUGGGCGUCCACGUUUACACAGAGGAGAACCCAUCCCCUGUUGCUCCAUCGAGGCUGUUCAAAGCCCUGAUUGGAGACUCUGAAACCCUCAUGCCCAAGCUCCUACCUCAGGUCAUCAAAUCACUCGCACUCGUCGAAGGUGAUGGCGGCGUUGGCUCCAUCAGGCUCAUCGCUUUCCACGAAGGUGUUCCGAGUAAGAACGUGAAGACGAGGAUCGAUGCUCUGGACGCCGAGAAGUUCGAGUACACAUACACGUUGCUGGAGGGAGACCUAUUGAACGAGAAGAUCGAGAGCAUCUCUUACGAGGUGGUGUUUGCCCCUGGAACCGACGGAGGAACCGUAGCGAAGAUCAAGACCACCUACGCCACCAAGGGCGGCGAGGCGCCGACGGAGGAGGAGCUCAAUAAGGGGAAAGAAACCGGCAUGGCUAUGUUCAAGGUCGUGGAAGGUUACCUUCAGCAAAACCCUGAUGCCUAUGUUUGA